UGUUUGAAUCCUUCAUCUCGGAGUUUUUAUUUUUAUUUUUUCAAAUCUAUGGGUUUUGUUUUCUUCAAUUUUAAAAUAUUAAAAAUUGAAUCUUUUCUUUUGGGUAAUAUUUUCCAAUUAGAUUAUGGUAAGGGUUCUGAUGAGGCAUGGAAUUGGGUUUGAGAGUUUUGAUUUAAUGAGAGAGAUAAGGGUGAGGGAAAAACGGAGAGAAGGUAUGUGUGCGCUCGUAUAUUCCUAUUUCCUUGUUUCCUUGUAUAUUCCUAUUUCCCUAUUUCCUUAUUUCCUUUAGGAAAUAGGAACAAGUAAUUGAGGAUACGGUACACCUAUAAAUAAAGGGUUUAGCCUAUUUUCUAAAGCACAUCUAUUCAACCUUCAAUUGGUCUUCUGAUAAAGCAUCAAUCGUCUCUAUCUCGAGUCUCAACCCAGAAAACAGAAAACAUCAAUCUUUUCAAAUCUUCUGUAAAAAAAUACACCUCUUCUAUUUUUUCAUCAUGCAAUCAGAUUGGGCGAACUUGCCAACAGAUGUUUUGUCUUUGAUUUACGACAGGUUGCCUGUUGCAUCAGAUUGCGUACAAUUCAUGGCCGUUUGCAGGUCAUGGCGGUGUAUGAAAAAGGACGGAAAAUAUAAACGAGCUAGGUUGACAACUCCAAUGGUCUUUGUUUCUGAGAGGAAAGAAAAUACAUGGAAUGCAUAUGAUUUUGUGAACAAUCAAGUCCUUGGUUUUCAAUUAAAAUUACCAAAGACGCGAUUUUGUGGAUCUUCCAACGGAUGGAUAAUAACAGUGGAUAAUUUUGUUGUAACCCUAAGGAAUCCACAAUAUGAUGUUAAAGGGAGGACAGAGAGACCUUCUAUCAUUCGUCUUCCUCCACUAAAACCUCAAAUUAAUGGACAAAUAAGAGGUUAUGCUAAAGCUCAUUCUGACUAUUUUGUCAUCAAGGCUACGAUGUCGGCAGACCCGAUCUCAAACUCCAAAGAUUGCAUUGUUAUGGUUCUGUAUGAGCCUCUUAGUCAAUUGGCUUUUAUUAGGCUUGGUAAAGACACAAGGUGGACUUAUAUUGAUAAGCAUGGUGAUGAAAUCUAUCUGUGGAUUAAAGAUGCUCUUCUAAUUGAAGAUAAGAUUUACGCCGUCGAUAGUCGGAGCAGACUUUGGGCUUUUGAAUCUACAUCCAAAUCCACCGUAGAUGUACAAUUGGUUGCUACUGGAAUAGCAGAUCGGCCUCAAAAAAUGUAUCUUGUCGGUUCAAAGAAGAAAGGACUAUUGAUGAUUUACAGAUUUAGUGAGUAUCGACGGUUUACCCGCGAGUCGAGGAAGUUUAGAAUUUAUGAAUUGAGUUCUAAUGACGAGUGGAUUGAGAAAAACGACUUAGGUGAUAUUGCUUUGUUUGUGGGUGAUAACGAUUCAGUAUCUGUAGUGGCUUCAAUGCAUUCAAGAUGUCAGUCAAACUGCAUAUACUUCGUUAAUGACAACGAUGGUAUACAGUGUCAGCAUACAUUUGACGACUUCGGGGUGUAUAAUGUCAAAAGUCAAAGCGUUACAAAACCUGCACGUUUGAGGAACCCAGUGAAGAGGACGAGGUACCCUCCAUUUAUGUUUCAACCAAUUGUUUACAUGUAACAGUUUAUUACUAGAAUAUGUUACCCGCGCGUUGUUGCGGGAUAAAGAAUUGUAAGAAAGAUUAUGUUUGAAUGAUAUAAAAGAAUGCUCAUUGUGAUAGAA